AGCUUUCAUGAAACUUGGAGGAAAAACAAAGAAAUAAAUAAUAUUUAUGAAAUUUUGUGAAUGACUUUUUGAAAGACAAACUCGCACGUGAUAAGAGAGUUUAAAUGUGAGAUGCGAAAUUGGAAAUUGAUUACAAGUCGUUAAACACAUUAUAAUUCUUUCGUUUUGAUAAUCGUAAAAAAAUAAAAGACGCAAAAGAAAGAAGACACGAAACAUAUUUGUUUGUUAAAGUAUUCUGAGAGGAAAAGAAAAGAAGUGAUUGGAGAAAGUGUGAUCGAAAGUCCUUAAAUAUUUAUUAUGGCGACUUUACUUUACACGAUAUUUUCAUUCACGGCUGGUGCUUCAUUACACUGUGCUGUGAGACGUGAGAUAAGUCCAUGCACUUGUUCACCCCAUCAUACGUUUGCCAACACCAUCAUUGUGACAUGCGAGAAAAUGGAAUCAUUUAGUCACGUCGUAGAUGUUCUCCAAGAUAAAUUUACGCCUGACUUUCAAAUAUGGCUGAAAAUUACGCAUUCGCAGCUUCUGGACUUUGAUGAACGACGUUUUGCUGAAAUGAAUAUAAAUAUUAAAGAUUUGCGGUUGUAUCAUAACAAUUUGAGCACUCUACCCAUAACAUCGUUUCAAAAUCUUACAAAAGUUGAUUUCCUGGCCGUGGCUGACAACUCGAUUCAGGAGAUUCCUCGAGAAAUGUUCGAAUUUAUGUCAAAUUUGGGGACAUUGGAUUUUGGGAGGAAUAAAAUAAAAAGCAUUCGGUCUGAUGACUUUGCUCGACUGAAAAAUCUUAAAGUUGUCGUUCUUGCUUCGAAUGAGAUUGAAUUGCUGGAAAAGGAUUGCUUUCCGAAAAGUUUGUUGAACUUACAUAUUGGACGCAACAAAAUAUCGUCAUUAAAUGGAGCUCUUCGUAACUUAAACGACAUAAAAAUGUUGUUUAUUAAUGCAAACAACUUGACAUCGUUGGAAGAAGAACUACCUGAGAACGCACCACAUUUAAUGAUGCUUAUGGCAUCGAACAAUCAUUUGGAGAAGCUGCCAAAAACAUUUAAAAACUUUGUUGCACUCGACACGUGUUACGUUAACAACAACAAUCUGCGUUCACUCGAUCGUCUCUUCUCGCAUAGAAAUUCCCUUAUUCGUCUUUAUGCCGAACACAACAUGAUAGAAUAUCUGGCGGAAGAUGAGUUUUUGAAGUCGGAAAAUAUUGACGAAAUCAAUUUGAAUUCGAAUUUGAUUACGUCGCUCAACAAAUCUCUUCUUUACAUCACAAACUUACGUUCUGUGAAUCUCGGCAGGAAUCAACUGCGGGAAUUCUCAAUGCAAGAGAUUUAUAAAUUAAUGAAGCUUCGUUAUCUUACUUUAUCUGAUAACCGAAUUGAAAAGUUGACAGGACGUCAUGAAAACAUCGCUGAAAUACCAAGCUUGACAUUACUUUACAAUCUUCUGUUAGACAACAAUUUAUUGAAAUCUUUAGAUGGAGCUUUAGCUGGUCUUGGAAACUUACGACGACUCAUCUUAUCAAAUAAUUUAUUGGAAAACAUUUAUGCUGAGGAUUUCUCGCGAAUGGAAGAGUUGGAAAUUCUUGAUUUAUCAAAUAAUCGAUUGAAGUCUUUGGAAGCUUUUUCAAUGGCUUAUCUACCAACACUUGAAACAUUGAACGCAUCUUACAAUUUACUUACAACAAUGGAAAAAGAUUUUCAUGGUUUACCAGUUAUGUGUACUGCUGAUUUAUCUCAUAACAAAAUCGCAUCAAUGACAACUGAUUUAGUGUCAAACACACGAUGUUCAAAUCAUGGAGUUGUUAAUAAAUUGGAGAUUUUCUUGCAAGAAAAUCCCGUUUUAUGUGACGAGAAUUUACCGCAACUUGUUGCAAUGUUUGAAAUGUAUUAUGCUCGACUUAUGGGAAUUGCACAUUGCAUUGUUCCACAACUGUUGCCACUUCCAGCUAAUCCACAAUCGUCUCUUAUUCAACAGCCUCCGAUAGAACUUCUUGCAAGCAUUAUGAAUCCAAAUCAACAACUUCCUUUAGGUGGCAAUCAAAUGCCAUCAAUUGUUCAAAUCAUUGUGCCAGCUCAAUCACUACAACAUCCACUGACGAAUGACAAACAGAACAACACUGAAGAGUUGGUGAUUUCAACAUCAACAACAAUUUCAUCAAUUUCAGUUGAAACGACAAGUGAAGGAAUGAUGAACGAUACUUUCAUGUCAUCAACAACACUAUCGUAUGAAGACUCAUCAAGUGUCGAACCUUUAAGAUCUUCAAUUCCAUUCUCACAAUCGACAACAAAUCUACCAGAACCAGAUAAAGAUGAUGAAAUUGAUGACAUUCAAUUAAAUGAAGAUUUGGACAACAGCGAAGAUUAUCAAGAGAAUGAAGAGAAAGUGAAGAAGCAACGAGAUCGUUCAGAUUUUCGUUAUGUUGAAUCAUUCGAGUCAGAGAAAUCCAUUUUGCAGAAAUUCGAACCUGAUCCAAUUGAAAACGAUACGGAACUGAAGAAUAUAAUAAAUGAAAACUAUCAACCAUCAGUUUUACCAGUGCCGAAAGCUCUAAGUUCUUCGAAAAACUCUGAGAAUGAUAAUGAAGAACUUCAAGAGCAUCAACAACAGGAUCAACAGCUGGAAGAGUUAAACGAGCAGAACAUAAAUGCACCCGAGGUGUAAACAUAUUUUUCUGCAUUAAAUGUUUGUGUAGACAAGUCUUUAGAUGUGAGUUUAUUUCCAAACUUAGGAAGAUAAAAGUAAAUGUGGUUUUAAUAGAUGUACCUUUCUUAAAUGUCAGUGAAAAGCAGUGCAUAACAUUGUAUUAAUAAGUGUCAACUGUCACAAACAAUCAUGACAAUGAUUGUCAUAAUUUUCGGGAAUCGAAUGUGAAAUGCAUUGUUGGGUAGUAAAAUGAAGGACAAGAACAAAUAAAAAUAUAUAUUAAAAUAUAAAAAUAAUUAAUUAUACGAAAUGCUGCAUUUGAAUCGAGAAAAGUUAAAAUUUGAAGAUAUCCAAAUGAUGCAUAAUGAAAAUAUUUAAAUGAUCGAAGACACUUUUCUUGAAACACUAACAAAAGAUCAAAGAUUCUUCUCAAUAAUUUAACAAAUGAAUUAAAUAUCAAGAUUAUCUAAUAGAAGAUUCAAUGUGAAAAGUAGUCACAUCAACAUUUCAAGUCACAGACAGAGCACAACAAAACAGUCACAAGAAUCACAAAUUGAUUAGCUCUGAAGAUCAUGAAAUGUUUAUGUUGCUUUCGUCAAAUCAAAGCUGAAAAAAUAUAUUUUAUUUGUAGUAUGAAUCCACAAUGUAUUUUUUUAAAUAUACAUUGAAACAUUUUGUUUCAAAAUUGAUAAUUCUCAUCUUAACAAUUAAUU